AUGUCACACCUCGCCGCUGUCUGUCUCGCAAAGGGCCAGCCUUUCGAACUUCAAACCCGCCCAACCCCAAAGCCAGGUCCAGGCGAGCUUCUCAUCGCAGCCAAGUCCGUAGCACUCAAUCCGGCAGACUGCAUUAUGCGUGAUCAGGGUCUCUUUAUACCAUCAUACCCUACAGUGAUCGGGUUCGACGUCGCAGGCCUGGUCCUUGAAGUUGGUGACAAUGUCCCUGUAAAUACGACCGAUGAUGAACUGGGCCCUUCGUUCCGACCGGGGGUUACCCGUGUUGCUGGAUAUUCCGCCUCAUUCUGGAGAUCUUUCGACCCAGAUUAUGGCAUCUUUCAGGAAAGAUGUCUCGUCCCUUGGCAACAUGUCAUACCUCUUCCCGAUACGGGUAUUUCGUGGAACGAAGCGGCAUCUUUACCUGUUUCUUGUCAGGUACCUCUCAACGCAUGGGAUCUGAUGGGAAUUUCACGGAUCGGGGAAACUCCAUCCUCGUCUACUCCGGCUCCGGUUAGAAAGAGUGAUGUUCUUCUAAUAUGGGGUGCUACUUCCAGUGUGGGCUCGAUGGGCGUCCAAACAGCCCGACUAUUAUGCGAAGAUCCGACAUCUUCUUUCGCCGCUGUGUAUGCCACUGCUGGUGCGGUGAACAUGCAGUUUGUAGCUUCUCUAGGCGCCGAUCGCGUCUUCGAUUAUAAAGAGCCGCGUGUCGUUGAUAUCAUUGUUUCGGCGGCGAAAGUGGAUGGUUUGGGGAUUCGACACUGCUUUCUUGCGAAUGGGAAACUGGAGUUGUGUCAGGCUGUGCUCAAGGCUUUUGUUGGAGACAAUCAAGCAGGGAAGAGACAAAAGGCGAUGAUUGCGUCAGCACCAGUCAUCCCUCCGGGCACAGAAAUGGAGGGCAUAGAGACCGUUUUUGUGUUUCCCUCAUUGGAAGAAGAGGAGCGAUUAGCUCAGUUUCAAUAUUGGAUGGGAUGGCCGAGGAAGAAUCUGGCCAGCGGGGCUAUUAGACCAAGUCCAGAGCUCAAGAUUGUGGGCAAAGGUUUGGAGGCGAUUAAUGCCGGACUGGAUAUGUUGUCUCGUGGAGUGAGCUGUACGAAGUUGGUUGUCGAGAUUUCAGAGUAA